AUGACACAGUCUCCCCAAACUCAUCAAAAGGACACAAAAUUUACGACAAGAGUAUCGUCAAACAUGCCCUCGAAACCUUCUACGCCGCGCCGAGCUGCCACCGGCCGCAAACGAGGGCGUCCCCCUGGCACCACGAAUGCCGCUCGCAUCGCGCGCGAGGUCGGCGAUUCCCCCGCACCACCGUCCGGUCGAUCAACACGCGACCACGCUACUCCCUCGGCAGCGCCGCAGACCGAACCGCCACCUAAGAGGAGGAGAUACAUACCCGGCGGCGCUGGCGGCGGUGGCCGCUUUAUCGAUGACGAUGGGACCCAGACGCCAAUGACAGUGCGCAGACAGCCGAGAGAGCCGCGCAGUGUAUCUGCCAUAGUCCCGAGACGAGAAAGAAGUGCAAGAUUGCGAACCGCUAUCGAUCGAGACGAUAUGGAAUUUAGUUCAGCUGCCGCCGUUGCCGCGGCCGUCGCCGAGAACGAAGGCUACAAGCCCAGGGAGGAGCGAGGCUGGGAAGAGUUCCAUCCAAAGCUCGAUAUCGAUGCCACGUUUAUGAUUUUUCGCUCCGAAGAAGUGGAUGGGAUUUCUCUUCCCGUCGUUAAAUCCCCUCCCAGAACACCAGCUGCAGCUCGGCCCUCGACGCCGAUGAACGGCUCGAACACGCCUCUGAGGGAAAUGAACCCGUCGUCGACCGGCAACACCCCAGUCCCAACUACAAACUCAUACUUUGCGCUUCCCCUCGUUGGAAGCGAAUCGCCGCAGAAACGCCGGACAAGACCGCCACGCGAGUCCGUGUCCUUUCUUCACCGAGACCUGGCUCCGGUAUCAACGCCGCGGGUACCUCAAGUUCUGCCGAUUCGUAACCAAACACCCAAGGAACGUCUUGAUCUCAAGGCGCCUUCUUACCGUCGGUCAGAUCAGGUAGAACAGUUCGAGAGCAAGAGCUUCGGCCAGGCGAGAUACGUCGACAAGUCGAUGAUGAAUGUGGGCUACCAAGAGACCGACCGCUACAUCCAACCCGAAAGCACGCUCAUCAAGGCCGCGGAACCUAACUUGGAAGAAGAUCUCGAACUGGCUGUUGUCAAGGCCGAUGGCGAUACAGUGCCACCUUCCGGCACCAACGUAGGACGUGUCGAGUACGACAUGGAUGAGCAAGAUGACCAAUGGCUGGAGGUGUACAACAAGGAGCAGCGCAGGAGUAACGAGCUCGAACCAAUUACACGAGAAGUGUUCGAAAUUGCCAUUACCAAGAUCGAAAAGGAAUGGCAUGCGUUGGAGAAGCGGAUACCGAAACCAAACCCCAAACCUCCACAGACCCAUCGGCCACGGUCGAGUUCGGCAGCAGCGGUGAAUGGCGAGCCCCAGGUCGGAGAGGAACAAGACAGCAAAUGCGCAAUUUGCGACGACGGUGACUGCGAAAACACCAACGCGAUCGUCUUCUGCGACGGUUGCGAUCUUGCAGUGCACCAGGAGUGCUACGGUGUGCCUUUCAUACCCGAAGGACAGUGGCUGUGCAGAAAAUGUCAGCUUAUCGGGCGUGGCGUUCCAACAUGCAUAUUCUGCCCCAACACGGAUGGAGCCUUUAAGCAGACCAACUCUUCGAAAUGGGCCCAUCUUCUCUGCGCGAUGUGGAUUCCCGAGGUCUCUCUGGGAAAUGCCACAUUCAUGGAACCAGUCAUGGACGUGGAGAAGGUACCCAAAACACGCUGGAAGCUGAGUUGCUACAUCUGCAACCAGAAGAUGGGUGCUUGCAUCCAAUGCAGCAACAAGUCUUGUUACCAGGCCUUCCACGUAACCUGUGCGCGGCGGUCCAGGCUUUUCCUCAAGAUGAAGAACAGUCAUGGAGCCCUCGCGGUUCUUGACAGCAACACGGUGCUCAAGGCUUUCUGCGACAAGCAUUGCCCGCCAGAUUAUGCCAAGGACAACGGUGUAGCCCAGGCAGCGCGGGAAGCUAAGAAAUUCUACAAGCGGGCAAUGAAGGGACGUAUCUGGGCGGACAGUCAGGCAACUGCCCACGCCUUGGCUGCCAACCACCGCCAUGCAUUGACAGAGCACCCGCCUGAUGAAAGCCAGAUGACAGGGGCCAAAUUUGCUUCAUAUGUGGGCGGUGACAAAAAGAAGGGGCAGCCUGGGAAGCAGAUUUGGAAGUUGCCUUCCGGUGCCCCCAUCAUUCCCCAGGCCGUCUUCGACAUUGUCGAGCAAGCGCUAUCUCGGUUCCCAUUCCGUAAACGCAAAGACUUUGUUGGCGAGGCAUGCCGUUAUUGGACGCUGAAGCGCGAGGCCCGUCGUGGCGCGGCGCUCCUCAAGCGGUUGCAACUGCAGAUGGAGACUUUCUCGUCGAUGGAACUGACAAGGCGGAACUUCGCGCAAAUGGGACCGUCUGGGAAGUCUCGGCUUGCACGGCGCGUUGAGUUCGCAGAAAUGUUGCUCAAGGACCUCUGGGAACUCAAACUCCUCUCGGAAAGCGUUGUGGAGCGAGAACAAGAGAAACUAGAUGCAGCAGAGCUCGAGCAAGAGUUUGUGGACACCUGCUACUUCCCGAUUGCUAAGCUUCUCGUGCCAGUGAUCGAGAAGGCGAUAUUCCUUGACAAGCACAUCUUCAAAGAAGGCCUCUUGGGGCUUCAGGAGAAGCUCGAGCGCCGAUUCUACACCAACAUCCUUGUCUUCACUCAUGAUCUCUGUGAAGUAAUUAACGUGGGCAUCAACACAGAGCCUCAGCAUAUCGAAGGCGCUUCUCAGGGUGCUGUUCUAUCGCCUGUCAAGCAGAAUUUUCAUGAUCCAAGACAACGGAAGGCACUCGGAAAGCGAAUACUGAAGGCUGUGCAGCCGCAGCUCGAAGCGGCCCUAAGGACGGAAGCUGAGAUCACCCACAAGCCAUACGACACGCUGGCCAAAGAGUUGGAAGGCAUGCUUGAAGCCAGCAUCGAGUUCCGGCAGCCGUCGAUCACAGUCUCUUGUACGGAAGAAAGCACCGAACCCAGCCAGGACACUAUCAUGGUGGAUGCCGCCAACGAGCAGAUCACCGUGGCCAACGAUGAGGGCGCACAAGCCGAGGAAGAACCGACCGCUCAUGGUGACGAGAUGGAUGUGGAUGCUGAAGGAGAAGACGACGAUGAGGGGAAUAUUGAAGUCAACACUUCGACUCUUGAGAAGCCUGGCGACGUGCAUUCGUCAAGCUCCUCUAUUGCCGGGCACGAGGGUAACGGCAAGGCAGCAGUGAAGACGGAAAGUCCACUGGCCUCCGUGCAGCCCUCCGACACACCGCCCGAAACCGACGGCUACGUUACCGUUACCAGACCAACGCAACCCGCCCCUCCAACCCCCCCGCAGUCUAACGGCAGCCUGGGUAACGAGUCCACGGACCCGCUGUCCGAAGGCGGUGUCCCCUGGUACUUUUCAGAUUUCAAGCCCAAGGGCACCACUGUUGUGGAGGAACAGUGGACGGGUCGUGAAGCGAUUCGCAGUCUGAGCGAGGACCUCACCGACAUGGACGACCAGGAGCUCGAGGGCCUCGCCUUCGACGUCGAGGACAGCACCAUUACGGCAUCGCCCACCGUCAACGACGAGAUUGUGGCGGACACUAUUGUCAGCAAGGCCCAAACCAGCACCAAGGUGCGCAAACGCACGAGUGCUCGAUCGUCGACCAGAAGGAGAUGA